UUACACCCAACAUACAUAGCAUUUAGAUUUACAUUAUUUCUGCUAUAUUGUGCUACUAGUUAGGUGACACGUUACGCUUACACGUCUACCAGAUAAUAGAUUUUGCUCGGUUUUUUUACAUGAAUGUGGUAUCAAAUUACUUCCCUCAGAUUUUGGUGUAUAUAAUAUUUAAUGACAACUUGGCGAUAAAGUGCUGGCUAAUUCUUUACCGAGAUCAUAUUUCAUUUUUUUCAGAAAAUAUCAUGUCUUAUUACGUAUCAAAUUGGAAGAAUAGUAUAGAUACCAAAAGGGUAAAUGUAGAAGAGGAUCAUGUUGACUUUAUCCAUCAAUCACAUAUGCGCAAAAACGGACUUCAAGAUGAAGAGCUUCUACUUCUGGAGUCUCCGGAAAUAUAUUCCGAUAUUAAAAGACGAGAAAUUUCUUGUAAUUAUAAUAUAAAUGGAUUGCCUACUAUAUUUAUAGACUACAAGAUUGGAAAACGUGUACUCGUCGAAGACAGUUUCAGUAUUUCAAAAUCUUCAUACCUGCAAGAAACAGAUUAUAUUAAUUCAUCAGGUCGCCCAUACUUAGAGAACAUCCGUCAUAAUUGUGUUGAUUUCGAGUUUCAAGAAGCUGUAUAUCCAAUUAGGGUUUCUAUACAGCAAGAACUGAAUAGUUGGAUUCCUGAGAUAACAAUGGAAAUUUGGGCGCGAGAUUCUGAUCGGUGGUUUUUAUUAUGGAUUGGAGGAAUGCAGGUUCUUCGAAGUACACCACGACUGUUGUCCCCGGCUUUACGGGCCUGUGACUUUAAAACUAAAAUGCUCAGAUUAAUAUUUCCGUAUGACGCUAAGGGAAUACAGAUAGAUGCUGUAGAGCUCAUCGGAACAUCAGAAUUGAUUCAACCUAAAGAUCCUAAACAGACUUUGACCGAUCUAUUAAAAGAUAUUAAUUGCAGCUAUCCUGACCGUAAGGAUAUGCACAAUUUAACACCAGAUUACAAAAAUGCAAAUCUGGAUGUAUAUCAACUUAUGGAAAAAUUUUCCGACUAUUGUAUUAUUCGUAAAAAAAGCAAUUUACAUUUAAAUAAUGGAAAAUUGAAAGGCAUCACACCCUCUUCAAGUGAAUUCAAGAAGCAACCACGUUGUGAUUUUUCUAUGCUUCCUGAAGAGAUGAUACUAAAAAUACUGGAAUACUUAGAUUUAAGGUCAUUGUGCCUUAUGAGCCAAACGAACAAACGCUUCAAUCGAUUAACACGAGAUCCUUCGCUUUUUAAAUAUUUAAAUAUAGAAUAUUUGCGCAUGUAUAAGAAGUCUACCGAUGAUACUAUUGGUGGUUUGCAGUGUAAAAUUCUAUCUAGCUUGGAAUCCAGAUGUGAGCACUUACAACAGUUGAAGCUUGUAUUCUGCGACAUUACUAGUCCACGUUUCGUAAUGUUUCUUAGAACUUGUGGCUCGAAGUUAACGUUCUUGCGAUUAGCUUCUUGCAAGAUUGACAACGAUAUCCUCUAUGAAAUUGGAAAAACAUGCAAAAACUUGACAGGUACGAUUAUGAUUUUUAAAAAUAAAGUUAAAUUAUGUCUGACUAAUCAUAUACAUUUUUUAGUGUUAAAUUUGAGAAACUAUGAAUAUAAUAUGGGCGACGCUCUGGACGAAGGAUUGUUGUACCUCCAACAUCUAAAAUUUUUAGAAGAAUUAACCCUUGAACAUAUACUUAUAAGAGACGUUGAAACCCUUUGUACAAUACUGCAUGGAAAGCACCGAUUACAUUAUUUACAUUUGAAUGAAUAUUUUGGACUUCUAAAUAUAAAUGAAGUUUUAAUACAAUUACAAAAUAAAGCAUUGUUUUCAAACUUGGAAACAAUAAAAUUAUCGGGCCGUGCUAUUGAUUUGCGGGGUAUUGGUGCCCUAGCUGAGUUCAAGAAUUUACGAAUACUGAGCAUUAAGACAAGGUAUGCUAGAUUUUCUUUUACAUAUUAUUACAUUUUUUAUCGUAAUUUAUGUGUUUACUCUUGCAAGUAUCAUGAAAUAUAG